UAUCUAAGCAGGAUAGAGAAAAGUUCUAACGCUACAAUUUCUAGUUCUUCUUCGAGCUCUUCAUUCUCUACUGAAAUGCCUUCAGAUCCAGAACCUCAGAAUAAUCAAUCCCAAGUUCACAAACAAGAUCAGUCAUUUACUAUCCAUCAUUCUGGAUUGGCGAACCAGCAUCAAGCAGCCCAACAGCAUUUGCAAACAAACUUUGAGAACAAGAAGUCUUCAGAAAAUUUAAAAGGUGAAAUGGAACAUUCUGGUAAUUCUGGAAAUUGCGAGCAAGAACAGGGAAUACUGCAUUCACCACAGGUUAUUGCUCAGCAUAACCCGGAAGAAUUUCUGAAAUUUCAGCAAGGCUCCUGCCUAGAGCUUCAAUCCUCAACACUUUCCAUGGUCAAGAGGGACCCGCAAACAACCCCUGCGCACCUGCAACAGACACAACAAGCUACUUUUACACUUCACAAUCCACCAUCCAUGGUUGAACUGCCACUAUUGUUGUCACAGCAGCAAGAGCAGCCGAAGGGACAAAAGGAAGUUGCCACUGAUGUGAGCCAAAAGCUAUUAAUUGCGCAAGAAAGCAGAGUCCCUGAUCCGCAGCAUCAUCAACUGAAGUUACCAUGCCCGUACAAUGAUUGUCAAAGCUUGCAGUCAUGUUCACCGACUCCAGAGCAGAAACUGUUGUCUCCAUCACAGCCACCAAAAUUGCAACAGAUUCUAAAUUUGUCACGGCAAGAUGAACAGCAAGAUGACAUAAAAUCAGAGCAGCAUUUGUGUGAAUCAAAUUCAGAGCGCGAAAAUGUAGUGAAUCCAGUGCAUCAAGUUUCCAUGAGGUCUCUACAGCUGCCAUUAAGCACUCUUCCACAGCCAAAUGAUAUCAAAUUUCUAUUAAAAAACAACAGGAAUGAACGAGCAAAAGCGAAUUCCGGAAGAAGUUCUUUUAUAGCUCAACGUAUGGAUGCAAAACAAAAGUCCCUGCACCAUGUAUCCGCACAAAAGAAGAAUCAAGAAUCUCAACAGAGCCAAAUGUGUCAGCAACUCAUCAAGGGAAAUCAAGAAGUUCCACAUCAGAUGCAGCAGGAUGAUGAAAUGCCACAUCAGUUGAAUGAAGUAAAUGAUGUGAAAAUGACACAAGGAAUAAAGCAUGAAACAGAACUAAAUCAGAGACCUGAAGUCAAGAACUUGAAAUUUAGACAAGUGACAGCUGUUAAAUCUGGAGUUCCACCUUCAAUUUUUUCCCACAGGCACAUUCAGGCCGAACCUGUCCAGUUACCUCGACAUUUUCCUCUGACCACCCAGCAUAAUAUGCUGCGGUCGCAUACAAUAGCUGGAUCCCCUUCUCAUUCUGUAAAUUCACAGUCUGGGUUUUCUGCGAAAUUCCCCUCCAAUGACUCCUCAAACUUGAAUACAGAUGGCUUUGGUUUUGAUGCUUCAACCAUCAAUUUUGAAGAAUCAUGUGAUGCUGAGAAGCCCAUUCUACGCUUAAUUAAAGCGGUGAACUCAAUUUCAUCGAAAGCCUUAAGUGCUUCUGUAAGUGAGAUUGGAUCAGUACUCAAUCUGGCUGAUAGCAUGGCAGGAUCAGUACCAGUUUAUGGAUCCAAAGGCUCAGUUAGUGAAGAUUUAGGGGUCACGAGUAAGACUAAUCCAGUUGCAAGAUACUUUUCCAUGGGUUGUAGCACAUUUGGAGUGAGGAAAGUGGAUUGUUCAACAAAAGCAGUUCCCUUGAAUGAUAAGACACCAGCUUGCCCGAAGAAAUCUGGCUCAGAGUCAACUACAUUUUGCCCCAACAAAAAACCUAGGAUUCAGGUCAGUCGUGCUGUGUUGAAGGAAAUAGACGAGAUAAAUCAGCAACUGAUAGACACAGUGGUAGAUAUCAGUGAUGAAGAAACCGACUCAACUACAGUUGGACCAGAUGGUGGUGGAAUCAUUAUCAAGUGCUCAUUCAUUGCUGUGUCCAAUAGUCCAAACUUCAACUCGGAGGAGGAUUUCGAAGAAAUUUCAAAAAUUCAGCCCUUAAAAUUGCUUGUCCCCACAAAAUACCCUUAUUGCUCACCUAUAGUUCUCGAAAAGUUACCAGAGGAAGUCAGUGAAAAGCAUGAUGAUCUUUCAGUGAAGGCAAGGGUAAAGCUCAACUUACAUCUCAGAAAUCUAUUGCAGCCCAUGUCAAUAGGGGAGAUAGCUCGGACUUGGGAUAAAUGUGCUCGGACAGCUAUUUCCGAGCAUGCAGUGAAGAAUGGGGGAGGUUGCGUUUUCUCAAAAUAUGGAACUUGGGAAAAUUGCUUCAGUGCCACAUGAUGAGGUGUUCAUCUCCAUUCCACACAAUCCUCCUGCUAAGCAGCAAAGCAUAGGGUUGUUGACUAAACUGAAUAGACACAACCACAUUACCUGGACGGUAAUGUCUACAAGACCAUAUAAAAUCACAUGUAAUCAGAGAUAGGUCAAGCA